AUGCGCCUGCUGGAACGCGACGACACAGGCGGGAUCCGCCUAACAGAGGAUCUUAUCGACAAAAUUCCGCCGUACGCGAUACUUUCGCACACAUGGGGUAACGAAGAGGUCCUCUUCAGCGACUUGAUGAACGGUACAGGGAAGAACAAGGCUGGCUAUGCUAAGAUUCAGUUUUGCGGAGAUCAGGCUUCUCGAGAUGGGUUGAAGUUCUUUUGGGUCGACACAUGCUGCAUCGACAAGUCAAGCAGUGCCGAGCUACAGGAGGCGAUCAACUCUAUGUUUCGGUGGUACCGUAAUGCGGCUAAAUGCUACGCCUAUUUGGUGGACGUCUCGACCCCUGUUCUUGGCAUUGACGAUAACUCCGUCUGGGAAGCGACUUUUCGAGCGAGUAGGUGGUUCACCCGCGGGUGGACUCUCCAAGAGCUCAUUGCUCCGGGAUCAGUCGAAUUCUUCUCCAAAGAGGAAUUGCGUCUUGGAGACAAGAGGUCUCUGGAGCAAGUUAUUCAUAACAUGACGGGGAUUCCUUUCGAGGCCCUCCGAUGCGGCCGUCUGUCUGAUUUCAGUGUCCAUAACCGAAUGGCAUGGAUUGAGAAACGCAAUACAACACGCGAAGAAGAUAGGGCAUACUCGCUUUUCGGCAUCUUCGACGUCCAGCUGCCACUUCUGUACGGCGAAGGAGAAGAUAAAGCAUUUCGACGGCUGCGAGAGGAGAUUAUUAAAGUUUCAAGGAGUGAACCAACGUUGGAUGAGGCCGACACCCGCUGUCUGGCCGACUUACGUGUCACCGACCCCCGCCACGACAAGGGGCGUAUCGAAACCGCAAAGGGUGGACUCCUGAAAGACGCGUACCGCUGGGUUCUCAGCAACGUCGAAUUCCAACAAUGGCGCGACGGCGAAGAAAGCCGGCUCCUCUGGAUAAAAGGUGACCCCGGUAAGGGCAAGACUAUGUUGCUCUGCGGCAUUAUAGACGAACUAAAGAUGUCUACCCCAUCCUGCCUUCUGUCAUUCUUCUUCUGCCAGGCUACCGACUUACGUAUCAACAACGCCACCUCCGUCCUUCGCGGCUUAAUCUACCUCCUUGUCAGCGAACAACCAGCCCUCAUCUCACAUGUACGGGAACAGUAUAAUGUCGCUGGAAAAAGAGCAUUUGAGGACACGAACGCGUGGGUUGUCUUGCGAGAGAUCUUCACCGCUAUCCUGCAAGAUCCGGGAUUAAGGACGACUUAUUUGAUCAUCGACGCGCUUGACGAGUGCGUCACUGACCUGCUGCGACUUCUCGACCUGGUCGCCCAAAUGUCAUGUGUAUCUCCUCGUGUCAAGUGGAUAGUCUCAAGUCGCAACUGGCCGCAGAUUGAGGAACAUUUGGCGAUGGCGGCGCAGAAUGCCAAGCUAAGCCUCGAGCUUAAUGCCGAAUCCGCCGCCAAUGCCGUCAACACAUACAUCCGCCACAAAGUUCUCGAUUUAUCUCGCCGGAAACAGUACGAUAGCACAAUGAAGAAGGCUGUGCAGGCCUAUCUCUCUUCUCAUGCAAACGGCACAUUUCUCUGGGUGGCCUUGGUCUGUCAGGCGCUCGAGGACCCGGAUGUUCAGAAUUGGAACACCCUCGAGAUGCUGCACACAUUCCCAACUGGACUGGAUGAUCUAUAUACACGGAUGGUGAAUAGAAUUAAAGGAUCCAGAAAUGAAUUUAUCUGCAAGCAUAUUCUUGCCGCCGUCGCAAUCGCUCACCGACCCAUCAGCAUCCAGGAGCUAACCACUCUCGUCAAGCUGCCGGAUAGUAUUUCAACACAUCAAAAUAAUUUCGAAAAGAUUAUUAAAAUCUGCGGUUCGUUCUUGAUCUUACGAGAACAAACUAUUUACUUCGUCCACCAAUCUGCCAAGGACUUUCUACUUGGCGAUGCUACGCACCAAGCUUCUAGAGAUGCUUUCAACUGGGCCUUCCCUCUGGGGGUGGAAGAUGUAAACCAUAUCAUCUUCUCAAGAUCGCUCAGCGCGAUGUCUGCGGUUUUGCAGCGCGACAUGUACGGUUUGAAGACACCGGGAUUCAUCGACGAGGUUCAAACGCCAUCUUCGGACCCACUCGCCACAGUACGGUACUCAUGCGUCUUCUGGGUUAACCAUCUCCGCGACUCGAUUUCCGGUAAAGACGUGCUACAAUGCCACACACUGGAUGCGAUCCAAACCUUCCUUGAGCAGAAGUACCUUUACUGGCUCGAAGCUCUUAGCUUACUCCAAGCUAUGUCAGAGGGUGUCAUUGCCAUAAUACAGCUUAAGCUCCUACUCCUAACGGCUUUCGUUCGAGAUGCACAUCGGUUCGCUCUCUCCAACAGAUGGAUAAUCGAGCAAGCUCCUCUCCAAGCGUACAUAUCAGCCCUCAUAUUUGCACCAGCUUCCAGUCUAGUGAAAAAGAAAUUUAAGGCGGAAGAACCUAGCUGGAUCAGUACGAAGCCAAUAGUAGAAGCGGACUGGGAUGCAUGCCUGCAAACGCUAGAAGGCCACAGAUCCUUAGUUGAGUCAGUUGCCUUCUCACCAGAUGGCCAGCAGCUCGCAUCGGGUUCAGCCGACAAAACCAUCAAGAUCUGGGAUCCCAUCAAGAUCUGGGAUCCCGCCUCAGGGCAAUGCCUGCAAACGCUAGAAGGCCACAGAUCCUUAGUUGAGUCAGUUGCCUUCUCACCAGAUGGCCAGCAGCUCGCAUCGGGUUCAGCCGACAAUACCAUCAAGAUCUGGGAUCCCAUCAAGAUCUGGGAUCCCGCCUCAGGGCAAUGCCUGCAAACGCUAGAAGGCCACAGCGACUGGGUUGUUUCAGUUGCCUUCUCACCAGAUGGCCAGCAGCUCGCAUCGGGUUCAGGCGACAAUACCAUCAAGAUCUGGGAUCCCGCCUCAGGGCAAUGCCUGCAAACGCUAGAAGGCCACAGCGACUGGGUUGUUUCAGUUGCCUUCUCACCAGAUGGCCAGCAGCUCGCAUCGGGUUCACGCGACAAAACCAUCAAGAUCUGGGAUCCCGCCUCAGGGCAAUGCCUGCAAACGCUAGAAGGCCACAGCCACUGGGUUGUUUCAGUUGCCUUCUCACCAGAUGGUCAGCAGCUCGCAUCGGGUUCACGCGACAAAACCAUCAAGAUCUGGGAUCCCGCCUUAGGGCAAUGCCUGCAAACGCUAGAAGGCCACAGCGACUGGGUUGUUUCAGUUGCCUUCUCACCAGAUGGCCAGCAGCUCGCAUCGGGUUCCGCCGACAAUACCAUCAAGAUCUGGGAUCCCGCCUCAGGGCAAUGCCUGCAAACGCUAGAAGGCCGCAGCGACUCAGUUCAGUCAGCUUCCCUCUGGCCGGAU